UCCAAGCGUUGAGUAUAAUGUUUCGAAUACAUCAUUUCACUAAUAUGACCUCGCGUGUCGUUGCCAUUAAAAGAAACGAUGUGAGAUUCGUAAGUAUUCGUAAAAUUAAAGAAACUGUCCAACGACUGCUGGGUAUGCAUUCCAACGAGUUGCCAUAUCGACACAUUUGUCAAGUUGGCGAUCCUGUCUUGCGCGGUCACACCAUGAAGAUAGAACCUGAAGUUAUAAGAACGGCGGAAUUUCAAAAUGUAAUCAAGCAUUUGAUAAAUGUUAUGCGGGCAUAUAAUACGUUCGGUUUAUCUGGACCACAAAUCGGACUUCCCUGGCAAAUAUUUGCAAUCCAAUGCACAGAGGAAAUUAUGGAGGGGGUUGAGGAGGGUCUUAGGAAGACUCGUGAAAUGAAUAUCAUCCCAGUGACAAUUUUUAUCAAUCCCGAAUUAAAAGUUAUAGAUUAUACACCUAUCACUCUUUACGAGGGAUGUGGAAGUAUUCUAGGAUAUUCUGCUGCUGUGCCGAGAGCCUACGAAGUAGAAAUUAAAGCAUUAAACGCUUCCGCCGAACAGUUCACGUGGAAAGCACGUGGAUGGUCUGCUAGAAUAGCACAACACGAAUAUGAUCAUUUACAAGGAAAGCUGUACAUAGAGAAAAUGGACGUAAGGACAUUUCAUUGUAUGGUUUGGGAUAGAAUUAAUAAAAAUAAGGGUAAAAUACGCUUAACUUAUUCGACGUAACAUUAAUUUGUGUAUGACGCAUAUAAAUUAAUAUUUAUAUUGAUUGAAAUAAAU